AUGUCCUCCAACCCUCCUACUCCCCAGACCUCCACCCCGCCGGUCAGUCGGAAUCGCAACUCGUUCUUCUCCAAGUUCCGUUCCCCUCUCGGCCAAAGGAAUCGAAGCAUAACCGACUUCUACAUCGACCCUGAUGACCCUUGGCGCUCGUACUUCCCGGGGGACACCAUCAAAGGUACUGUCCUUGUGACCGUUGUACGACCCAUUCGCAUCACCCAUAUCGUCAUCUGUCUCCAUGGCUACGUCAAGGUCUUUAAGAACGCAAUGCCAGCGGGGGAAACGAAUGCGGAUAUUGGAUUUAUUGGCCCCGGGCGGGGUAGAAGAGGCGCCGAGUACAUGGGUAAUGGCUUGUCGACCUUGUUCGAGGACGAGAUCGUUCUCUGUGGUGAGGGGCGUCUCAAGGAGGGCAUCUAUAAAUUCCGAUUUGAGAUGACCCUCCCUCCAUAUGCUCUACCCAGUAGCCUCAAUUUUGAACGAGGCACUAUUUCCUAUGCGCUCACAUCUACAUUAACCCGACCGACCACCAUCAAUCCUACACUCACCUGCCGAAGGCGCAUCAACCUCCUCGAAAACAUCGAUAUUGCUCCGUUCCCUGCCCCCAAAGCCCGAAUUGUCACGCUUGAGCCGGUCUCCAAACGUUCAAAAGGCAAAUCGAAAUCGAAAUCAUCAGCCUCAGAUGCCACUGCUUGCCCCGAUACAUCCUCUAUAGAUACCCCCACCAGCGGUGUCGCCGCAUCCGUGGAAAACAGACCUCCACUGAGUCCUUCUCCGAGUAAUGUCAGCACCUCGAGUCGACCCAGUAAUAGCAGCCAAAGUUUCCAGAUCGUGAGUGACCCCAGCUCAUCGACAAGUACGGGAGGAAGAAAUAGCGAAGGUCGCAGCGCGACCCCUUCUAUCGCCGAUAAAACAAUUGUGGCCAAGACGGAGGUCCUACGCGCAGGUGUGCUGCCAGGCGAUACAUUACCAAUCAAGGUCACCAUCAACCAUUGCAAACAGGUGCGCAGUGCGCACGGCAUCAUCAUUACUUUCUAUCGGCAGGGCCGCAUCGAUCUUCAUCCUUCUAUCCCCAUUGGAACUCAGUCCAAUGGAAAAAAGCCAAUCUAUGAGGAUGUCUAUCCACGUUCUCGCACAGGACUUGGCGGGCUGACUCUUGGUACUACUCGUACGACCAGCACCUUUCGGAAGGAUUUAUCACAAUCAUUUGCUCCGUUGAUUGUAGACCCUACGACCUUGACUGCUGUCAUUAAAACCUCCAUUCGAGUCCCGGAAGAUGCAUUCCCCACCAUCACCCAUGUGCCUGGUGCCAUGAUCAAUUUUCGUUACCACGUAGAGGUCGUGGUCGAUCUACGUGGCAAAAUUACUUCACCCGAUCGAUUCCUUCCUCGAUUCAAUAUGGUCUCAGGUGGCAGUACGUUUUCGCCUAGUGGACAAAUUUUGAAUCCGGCCGACGCCAAUGGCAGCGCCAUCACAGCCAACUGGGGCGGAAACAUACUUGAUACUGAUAAAGUGCGCAGAGAGAAAGGCGUCAUCUCAGUGGCCUUUGAAGUCGUUGUUGGAACCCGGGACUCUAAGCGCGGCCAGGCUUCUACAGAUGACCACGCGGCAUCUAUAACUGCCGUGUCAACAUCAUCUCAGGCCCCUGUAACAUCUUCGCAUAUUGUCAAUAAUGGCGAUGGAGAAGAAUGGCCCGAACCAAGCCCUGUUGAAUAUAAUCAAGAGGAAUAUGGCUUCCACGAUGAGCAUUGGGCGGAUUACCCUGAAGAUUACUCACAUCAAUUCCCAAUGCCCGCUCAUCUAGAAGAAGAAGAGCCAAUUGACGAGAAGACUCGAGUUCGUCGCCAUGAAGAAACCCUUCUACCUAGCCAACCACCAAACGAGGAUGAAGCAGGACCAUCAACUGAGAUGGAAGCGCCAAGCGCACCAUUCAUACCAGAGGAUCACCUUCUACAAGACUACCAACACGUAUCAUCACAAAAUACAGAACCAGUACCGCAUGCCGUUAGGUCUGCAGAAUCCUUACAGACAGUGGUGGUGAAUGGCACUGCUCCUGAAUCGAGUGAACCUUCUGCUCCAGGUGAAGACAAAGAGGAGCAAGAGCGCCAAUGGCUGAUGCAGCAGGCUAGCGCGCCCAGUGCACCCCCCGUCGAGGAUACCAACGGCGGCGAGGGCCCUAGUGCUCCAGUCUUUGAUGAGGACGAUCAAUUGGUCGGUGGCACGGCACAUGCAGACGAGUCCUUGCCCCGAUACCAACGUUGA